AUGGAAUGGCUCCAGGCCUACUGGUGCAUUAGCCUCCCGACCAAGCCGCUGGACGUCGUCCACGCCGAGAGGUACCUCUUCGCGUUGCCUCGGACGAAUCGCCCGCCGCUCGUGCUGCGCUUCCACCGGCUUUACAUCUUUAUCGCAAGCUUCCUCGCGCAGCUCUGCGCCGGCAUCCUCUACGCGACGGUCGUCGUCUUCGAGUCCUUUGCCGCCGUCUUCUUCGAGGACCCCGACGCGAUUCCUGGCGCGCUCCGGUCGCUCGUCGUUGGCGUCAUCGCCUACUGCAUCAUUGCCGCCUUUCUCACACCUCUCCUCGAGCGCCGCGGGCCUCGCUGGUCCAUGCUUCUCGGCACGUCGUUUGUCGUCGUUGGCUACCUCGGGCUUGAAGUCGCGCUGCUCGCGCGCCUCUGGCCCAUGAUGCACGUGGGGCUGCUCUUUUCCAGCGUCGGUCUCGGCAUCGUGCUCUUGUCCUCCAUGUCGACGGCGCAAAAGUGGGCGCCCGACCUCCGCGGCACCAUCAGCGGCCUCUGCUCGCUCGGCUUUAGCCUCGGGCAGCCGCUCUGGACGUGGUAUUUCGAGACGCUCGAGGACGCUGGCGUGCCGCUGCAGCACUACUACUGGUACGUGCUCGCGGUCAUGCUGCCGCUGCUUUCCUCUGCGCGCUCCUUCUCCGGACGCCGCCGCCCGACUUUUUUGUCCGCCGACGUCAUCCACGACGAGUUCCUCAAGGUGGGCAUGACGCUGGUCAAUUUCGACGCGAUUCGCCGCCACUCGAACGAGUCGGGCACGGCGGAUGCAGAGGUCACGACGCGGCAGUACCACGAGCAAGUCAAGGCGCUCACACUCAUGCAGUGCGUCUUCUCGACCGACUUUGUGUGUCUCUGCAUGGCGUACGUCGCGCUCUCGGCGCUGAAUUUGCCGUACAUCCCGCUGGCGGCGCCGGGCGCGUCGUGGGCCAACGACUAUGCGAUCGCGGACGCCGCCUCGCUCAAGCUCCACGGCGCACUGCUCGGGUUCGCCGGCCGGUUGGGCGUCCCGAUGGUCUCGGACGCGGUCAUUUGUGUCUUCUACGCCAACCCCGCCUUUGCGCGCAAGGUGACGUUCGUCGCCGUGCUGCUGCUGCCCGUGGUGGCGCUGCCGAUCUGCGCGAGUGACUUUUACAGCACGGUACCGGCGAUGAUCUACGUGACCAAGUUUUGCGGCGGCGCCGCGGCGUCGCUCAUCGUGUGCUUCCUCACCGACAUGUACGGCGUCUACAACAUGGGCACGAUGUUUGGGUUCGCCUGGAGCAUCUGGGCGACGGUCCUCCUCUUUGUCGCGCCGCUCGUCAAGGCCGGCGUCGACGGCGACACGCUCCGGGUGUUCUGGGCGCUCUGUCUCGCCGGCCUCGUGCUGCUCGCUUUCGUUCGGACGACGUCCCGCGACCGGUUCUACGACGGCUACCGCCUCUCGCUCUGCGGCAAGUCCGUGGUUGACCUUCCGUUCGGCGCACGGAACGACGACGACGCACUGGAGAACGACGAGCUGCGGCCGCCAACGAUUAUGUCGCCCGAGCGCGGCUCGUUCUUCAUUUACGAAAUCGACUCGGACCACGGAUUCCACAAGGUGCACGUCUAA